AUGGCUUCCUUCUUUGGAAAACUGAAGAGCAACACAGACAGUCGCAAUGCCAGCACCACUUCGCCGGCAAAGGUUAAGCCGGAUCUCAAUGCCCUCCCGAUCACACCUUUACAACGCAUGCUGGAAAAUGCUGGCCCUCUACGAUCCGAUGGCAGCGACAAAUUUUGGGGAAUGGAGAAUUUUGGCAAUACAUGCUAUUGCAACUCGAUAAUGCAGUCUUUGUACUAUUCAGUACCAUUCCGAGAUACCAUACUAUCAUACCCAGAGCGCUCUACGUCCGAAAGCAUUCUUAAAGCUGCUGCUGCCGCCCCAUCAAGACCGAAAAUCCCUCCACCAACCAAACCUCCUGUCCAGAAGCCCAAUGUUGCUGUUCCACAAGCCCAGCAGAAGCAGGAAGAUAAGGAUUCGCCAGAAUACAAAAAGAAACAGGCCCUUUUGGCUGGACCAAUAUUAAAUAUGAGCUACCAAAAUGGGACCACUUACCAAAUGCCAGACUCAUUAUACAGCUCAGUCAAAGACAUAUUCGAGGCUGUCGUGACAAAUCAAGCACGGCAUGGAAUCGUUAGCCCCAGCAAGCUGGUCGAAGUCCUUAAAAGGGACAACGAGUUGUUCAGAGGUCAAAUACACCAAGACGCCCACGAAUUCUUUAACCUUCUGCUCAACACUAUGCUAGACAACAUUGACGAUUUCGAGAAGAAGAAGAUAGCGGCGCAGCUUGAGCAGAAGAAGACAGAAGACGAGCAGACUCUCAGGUCUCCAUCCGAGGCAGGCACUGUAUCCUUUCCUUCCCUACUCCCAACCGCACCACCAUCUCCAACCAAAUGGCUACGCGAUAUGUUCGAGGGUACAUUAACCUCUGAGACUCGAUGUCUUACUUGCGAAAAUACCUCUCAGCGCGAUGAGCCUUUCCUCGACCUUUCUGUCGAUCUCGAACAACAUACAUCUGUUACCUCGUGCUUACGUCGUUUUUCUGAGGAGGAAAUGCUCUGUGAACGGAACAAAUUUCACUGUGACAAUUGCGGUGGUCUACAGGAAGCAGAGAAGAGGAUGAAAAUCAAAAAGCUACCAAAAGUCCUGACUUUGCAUCUCAAGCGAUUCAAGUACACUGAAGACUUUGGUCGCUUACAGAAGCUUUUUCACAAGGUCGUCUACCCUUACCAUCUUCGACUUUUUAAUACAACCGACGAUGCGGACGACCCAGAUCGGCUGUACGAGUUGUAUGCUGUGGUUGUACAUAUUGGUGGAGGGCCAUUCCAUGGGCAUUAUGUGGCAGUCAUCAAAACACAGGAUCGUGGCUGGCUGCUCUUCGACGAUGAGAUGGUUGAACCAGUCGACAGAAGCUAUGUUAAGAACUUUUUUGGUGACAAACCUGGUCUUGCGACUGCCUACGUCCUUUUCUAUCAGGAGACGACUAUCGAGGCGAUUCGCGCGGAGCAGCGACGAGAAGGUAAAAGGCGGCCCUCCCAAGUUCUUUCAGCUGAGACGGCUAAAGCUCAAGAGUCUGCUGAGUUACAUCAAGUCAAGAGUAUCAGCCCGCCCAGUUCGCCUGUCGAGAACGGAGAUUACAUGGACAGUCUCGACCACGCACUCACUGCUCCUCCGGUCAUCAAUGGUCAUAUUGAUCCAUCACCUCGAACACAGGGCGAAACAUCACCUCUCGUGCCGAGCACAGCUCCUAUAAUACAAAGUCCUCAAAGCAAAAAGGAAAAAGCAAAGGCAGAAAAAGAGCAGAAGGCUGCUGCGAAAGCUGCCGAAAAGGCCGCGAAAAAGGACAAAGAGCGCGAGGAGAAGGAAAAACGGUCCCAAGUACAAGAUCGAUUAGGUGAAGCCGCGCGACAGAACGCAGAACAGUUGAAGUGGGCCAUAGAAGAAUCUAAAAGAUCCGCCCAGGAGGACGCGACACGGCGAGGUGAAGAGCCGCCUGCUCCGGCGGAGGACCUAAAGCAGACGCCUCCAACCAAUGGCACGGGACCACCUACAAACUCAGCAAUGGAUAACAUCUUCAAGAGAUCCAAAAGCUUGCGAUUCGGCAGUAUCAGGAAAAAUUCAGACAAAGAGAGAGAAAAGCUAAAGCCGGUAAUAGAUAGUGACGAGCAGGAAAAUAGACCACAGCAGUUAAGAACAUCUGGUGUACCUGCUGCUGCAACAGGCGAGUCGGCAAUUGACGACACGCCUGCUGAUCCAAGGGAUGGAAAGGACAAAGAAAAAGAAAAGAAGAAUCGCUUCAGUCUACGGAAAAAGUCCUUCAACCUGUUAUCGUGA